AUGAAGAAAUGUGACAAUGAAAGAAUAGCUUAAUAAAUAUAUGCCAGUUAGAUGUUAAAAUUGUAAGGCAAAAUCCUGGAAAAGAAGUUAACCAAAACUGGCUCCAAGAAUCACAUCGAAAGCUAAUCGCAAAACAUCUCAAACAACAAUAGUCCUGUCGUUGGAAGAUAAAAGUCUUAUGAGAAUUUGUAGAAAGUCAACAAGACAUUUAUAAACCAACCAGUUUCAUAGCAAAAAUUAAGCAGCAUUUUGAAUGUGAUUAGUGGACAACAACAACAAAACACUAAGUAAAAAUACUCCAUCAACAACGAAUUGAUUGAAACUGUUAAGAUCUCACACAAAUUACGUAAGAAUCAAUCUAUGAUACAUAUUGAACAACAAUCUCCUGCUCUAACCAAAAAUGCCUCCUUCCAUCAUUCAGUUAAAAACAAAAUCAACAGCAAUAGUGUAUCAAGUGAUCAAUCUCAAAUUCAAAAAGUCAAAGAGAAAAUCAAAUUGCUAUUGUAGGAACGAGAUCAAAAUCUCCCACAAGAUGCCAAGGAACUUGCCUUCAUGACCAAGUUCAACCAAAUACUCAACCAAUUAGUGGUAGUGCUAUUCUAAGAACCAAAUCUAUAAGUAUCUCAACAACAAUUCAAUCUGCCCUCCUCAACUCAAGACACCUUCUAAGCCAUUCAAAUUGACCAUUUCUUCAAAAGACAGAUUCAGAUCCUACAAUAAUCCUAUUAAUUGCAAUUGGACAAGAAGAAGAUGGAGAAUGUCUUGUUGCAAAUCAAAAAGAAACAAGAAAUCUUGCAAUAGGAGAAUGAAUAAUUGUCAGAAAACAAAUCGUAAAUGAAUGAAUAGAUAACCUAAUUGAAGUAAUAAAUCUCGGAAUUGUAAAAAUAGAAUAACAACAAUCAAGAAAAUGAGUUGUUAGAAUCGGGUAUGUAUAAUUGAUCUAUCCAUGUAGAAACUCAAGAAUUGAAGUAUCUCGUAUAAGGACAAUUCGAAGCCAUACAAAAAUUGUUACAAAGAGAAUAGUUAAUGAAGGUGUUUUUAAAAAGAGUGGGUGAUAGUUCCAUAAUAGAGUAAAUUUAAUUAAAUUUAAAUUUGAUAGAAUGUUUGAAUAAUUUAUCCAGAGUGCAGAGAAUGUUAAUCAAGAUGACACUGAAGGAAAUUUGAAUAUUGAUAUGUUACCACAACAGAAGCAUUCUUAAAUUUAGAAAACCAACUAAUAACAAUAAUUAUAAUAAUCAUAAUAGAUACCAGAUAAGAUAAUUCUAAAAUAUGAAACUAGUUACAAAUAAUUAGAUUUAUGCGAUUCGCUCUUGGCUGAUGAUUCAAGUAAGAAGUUAUUUACUAAUUGACAGGAGUUAAUGAUUCAGAAGAAAGCAGUUUCGGAUACUUAGGAAAGGAGUAGGCAACAGAAGUCAGUUGCUAUUUCACUCAAGCUUAGUAAUUGAAAUUAAUCAAUAUUAUAUUAGAUAAUUCUAACAACAACAACAAAACCCAUAACAAUCUUAAUAACAAUAGAAUUAGAAAUCGAAGGGGAAGUCUAAUAUCAAAGACAAAUUAAAAAUCAAUAUGAUGGAUGUGCAAUUAGCAUAGGCUGCGUAAUUAUUAUUUAUAAUUGAUUAAAGUUAGAAACACGAAUAUCUUAAACAACAAUAGAUGCUCUAAUAACAGCAACAUCAUGACAAGAUUCUGCCAGAUGACAUAAACAGUGAAGAUGUAUGUAACAUGUAUAUUCAUAGUUUUGA